UCCAACGUGCUUUGCGUUCUUCUCAAAUUUGCUCCUUGACGCCAAUGUACGCCGCAUAGCGACCGAUCUGACCACGGUUUUCCGAAAAUAUCUCACUGCCCUCCUCUGAGACAUCGAAAAGUGCGUGUACAACAGUGAUUUCGCCUUUAACAGUCGAUUUCCUUCAAAGGUAUUCCCUUUCAUCUCUCUAGCUAUCAGACCAAAUCUUCGAUCAAACCGCCUACCCGAAAACCCUAUCUUCCAACCCUCAAUCAACAAUGAACGAAGGCUCAGCGACAGCGACCUCUUCCUCCACUACGGCAUCGUCCACCGGGAACAUAUCUUCCAAUGCGGACGAAAAUGCGCGCAAGGUACAGAUAUACAAGGACAAUCUGAUCAGCAGAGCGGAGAACCUCAUCAUCAAAGAGUUCCCUGAGCGUAUCGUGCGCCUCAACGCACUGCUGGAGACGUCGCAGUUCGCGCAUAGAAACUUUAGUGACGUGUAUCAGGAGCUGAACAUUCCAGUGCCACCGCCAAUCGUGGUGGAGACCGGCAGCGGAGACGCCUCGACCAAUGCCGCCAAACGCCAGCGCCUGAACUCCUCAUACGGGGUGGAUGGUGAGGGUGGUACCAACGUGCUCGCGCUACCAACCGGCCGGGUCGAUUGCAACAAAGCCAUCAGCGAGCUGAUUCUGAUUGUAAAGCCGGUAAUCAGGGCGUUGGUCGAGGACUCGAACUUGCUGAAAAUGUGGAUCUCGUUCAUGAUACCGAAGAUCGAGGAUGGAAACAACUUUGGCGUAUCGAUCCAGGAGGACACGCUGUCGGAGAUCCAAUCGGUCGAAACAGAGGCGGCCACGUUCUUCGACCAAAUAUCGCGAUACUUUGUGACCCGUGCGAAGGUCGUCUCAAAGGUGGCCAAGUACCCUCACAUCGACGAUUAUCGCCGGGCGGUGGCUGAGGUGGACGAGAAGGAGUUCCUCAGUCUCUGGUUGGUGCUGAGCGAGGUGCGAAACCGUUACUGCUCGCUGCACGAUAUCGUUAUCAAGAACAUGGAGAAACUCAAAAAGCCACGCUCCUCGAACACCGAUAGUCUGUACUAAUUUUUCACGCAUUCAAUACAGUACCAUAGAGAGAAAGGAGAUAUUGUGAGACAGAGAGAGAGAGAGAGGAAGAGAGAAAGAGCGAAACAAAGUGUCCGAGGAACAUUAAGCCGGUAUAUUGGAAGGAAGAACACUUACAAUAAAAAUAAAAAUAACAAAAAAACAUAAUCACCUGCGAAAUUCUUGUAUUGUCAACGCGCCAAAAAUUAGCAAUCUUUUAGUACCG